AUGAAUAUGUUGGAUGACGAAUAUGACCAAAGCUUUCACGCUACGCGCGACGGCUACUCCCAUUUAAGCGAUGUCGAAUGGGAUGCGGUUGAACGAAUGGGUUCAACCAUGGGCAUCCAUGCUGUUAGCGUCAUGCUAGAAGCUCUCAAUAGAGAUGCCCAACAUGCUACUAUCGCCAAGUUCAUUCAAAAUGAACUUGACGCAGAACGCGAGAAAGUAGCCUUGCUUCACCAACAAGGUUCUCAACAAGCAGAGUUGUUGAGCGAACAGGGUGCUCAACAGUUUGAACUGUUGAGACAGCAGCAGGCUGAUGCUGGCGGGUCAAUGCACUCGCGUCGACCCGAAACCUUGAAGAUUGACAUCUCCAAGUAUAGGGGAGUCGAAGAGGACUCCCUCUUGAGAUCGUUUGUCGAAUUAGACGACGCCAUAAGGGCGCGUCGCAUCGACGACGGGGACAUGCAAGUUGCAUUUGCCCAAUCAAAUCUGGCAGGACGUGCCAAGACUUGGGCUUUGGGACUCGAGUUGCACGACCCAUAUGCGUUUGGGUCGCUAGAAGUCUUCAAGUCGCGGCUCAGACAAACGUUUGAACCGCCUAGAGCUGAGUUCAGAGCUCGAACCGAAAUCUUGAAGCUCGAAUAG